CUUGUGUGAGGGUGAAAAAUGUCUGGUGGGAGUGGGACACCAGUUGCAGGUGGAUAUAUGAGGCAAAGGCAUAGUCAAGGGUAUGCAUCAGGCAAUGAGGACCUUGAGGAUGAUGCUUGCUCAAGGUUACAGCCUUUGUCACUGGCAACUCCGAGAACUAGAAGUUGGACUGAGAUUCUGGAGAAUGUGCUUUGGGUUAGUUCAGCAUUGUUCAUUAUCUACUUUGGUGAUAGGCACUCCAAUUUGAUAUAUCUAUUGUGGCACGAUGAUCGAAUCAGAAGAAUGCCUUUAUACCUUGGCUUGUUAGGGACUGGAUUGAAUCUUGCCAUCAUGUUUUAUACAAGUAUGUUGGCAUGGACUGUAAGGAGGGUUGAUGAAAAGUGGGAAUGGUUAAACAUUACAGCUUUGCCGUAUCUUACCUUGCUUGGACUUGUCUCCUUUUGCUUGCUCUGCUUUGCUCUGUGGCCUAUAUGGGGUUUCUUGACCCUUCCUCUUCUGUUUACGCUGUUUAUGGCUGGCUUGGUCGUAUACCCUCAUAUCAUGAUUGAGAAAUUGAGGCCACAAAAUGAUUUUUCCGCAUGGAUUAAGCGUAGUGCUAAUUGUCUUUAUCAGUCUGAAUUUACAUCAAAAUGUCAACCUUGCCUUGAUGGUGCUUGGUGCACCUUGUUAUUGCAUCUUAGGAUUUUGCGUACUAUGAUCAAAUCUGGAGGACAGGCAUCAUUUAGUGAUAGACAGGAUUGUUCUUUCAGAAGAAACUCUUUUGUAUUGAACCAAAUCCCUGCUGCAGGGCAUUACCCUUCUGUUUCUGCAUGGUCGAUCAUUUUGUUUUAUGACUCUUCGCUAACAGGCUUGAGCUUGCCUAAUUUGAAGACUGAAAAAUCAGAAAAUAGAGUAAUAGCUAAACUCUUGAAAAUCAGAAAGUAUGAGAAUCAAAUGAUCAUAUCCCAACUUCCCAAGACAGAAGAAAAUGAUGAACAGAUAAAGACAGAGAAACAAUUUGAAAAGAAUCCUUCUUUAUCUGUACAUGGCCUAAAGUCUUUUCUAUCUGAACAGUUCAAAGGGAAGAAAGAAAAAGAAAAGCCCACUUGGGUGAAAAUGGUUAAUCCUGGAUUUAUAACCAUAGCUUUAUUCAGGAUCCAUAGAUGA